GUGAUGAGCCCCUGCAGGCGGGCCCGGCGACACACGUCCAGAGGGGCCAUGGCAGUCCUGGCGUGGAAGUUCCCGCGGACCCGGCUACCAGUGGGAGCCAGUGCCCUUUGCGUCGUGGUCCUCUGUUGGCUCUACAUCUUCCCGGUCUACCGGCUACCCAACGAGAAGGAGAUCGUGCAAGGGGUGCUGCAACAGGGCACGGCGUGGAGAAGGAACCAGACGGCGGCGAGAGUCUUCAGGAAACAGAUGGAAGACUGCUGUGACCCCGCCCAUCUCUUUGCUAUGACUAAAAUGAAUUCCCCCAUGGGGAAGAGCAUGUGGUAUGACGGGGAGUUUUUAUACUCAUUCACCAUUGACAAUUCAACUUAUUCUCUCUUCCCCCAGGCAACCCCAUUCCAGCUGCCCUUGAAGAAAUGCGCGGUGGUGGGAAAUGGUGGGAUUCUGAAGAAGAGUGGCUGUGGCCGUCAAAUAGAUGAAGCAAAUUUUGUCAUGCGGUGCAAUCUUCCUCCUUUGUCAAGUGAAUACACUAAAGAUGUUGGAUCCAAAAGUCAUUUAGUGACCGCUAACCCCAGCAUAAUUCGGCAAAGGUUUCAGAAUCUGCUGUGGUCCAGGAAGACUUUUGUGGACAACAUGAAGAUCUAUAACCACAGUUACAUCUACAUGCCUGCCUUCUCUAUGAAGACGGGAACAGAGCCAUCUCUCCGGGUUUAUUACACACUGUCAGAUGUUGGUGCCAAUCAAACAGUGCUCUUUGCCAACCCCAACUUUCUGCGUAGCAUUGGAAAGUUCUGGAAAAGUAGGGGAAUCCAUGCCAAGCGCCUGUCCACAGGACUCUUUCUGGUGAGUGCGGCUCUGGGCCUCUGUGAAGAGGUCACUAUCUAUGGUUUCUGGCCCUUCUCUGUGAAUAUGCAUGAGCAGCCCAUCAGCCACCACUAUUACGAUAACGUCUUGCCCUUCUCUGGCUUCCAUGCCAUGCCAGAGGAAUUUCUCCAGCUCUGGUAUCUUCAUAAAAUCGGUGCACUGAGAAUGCAGCUAGACCCAUGUGAAGACACUUCACUCCAGCCCACUUCCUAGGGACCAUGGAAAAAGAAAGAACUGAGACAGGGUAUUUUUGUUAGGUUUUCUACAUGACUCCAAAAGGUCAAGUCAUUCCAUGGAUUCACAUGGGCCAGUUGGAAAAAUAAGACAAAACAAAAACAAAACAACUAUAAAAACCCAAGAGAAACUCUACUUUGGAUGUUGUCUUGGAGGACAAAUAAGAAAUUAAACAUCCUGUGAAAUAUUUUGUAGCACAUUGUGGAUUUUCAACCAGUAACAUGCUGAUGAGGUGAUGUUGGUGAAGCACAUUUUGGUGGUUCAAAUCUAGAAGAUGCAGUUCACAAGACAGAGCUCUAAUUGCUGCAGUUGAGGAAUUAAUCAAGGGAGAAUAAAGGAAAUGCCAGGCAAAGUGUUACUGAUUAUCAACACAAUCUGGCUUUAGGGGAAACAAACAAACAAUCAAACCUAUCUUAUAUCUUAGAAGAAUAGGUUUUUAAAUAAUGAUUAUUUAUUUUUGCCCUAUUUAGGGGCAGUGAGUGGGUGAUGAGGUAGAUUUAAAAAAAUCCCUUACUGAGUAAUAAAGAUAUAAAACACUACAGCUAAUUAUUGUGAUUUGUUGAACCAAGUCUAUGUUAACUCUAGUCUCCUUCCAUUUAAAAAAAUGUUAAGAAUUGCUUCCUCCCCUUCUGUCAAGUCUACUUAGACAAUGUGAAACAUUGUUGAAUUUAGACUGUGUUGAUUCAUAGUCUGGAUAACAUGAGCCACUUUCCCUCCUCAGAAUUGAGGGCAUAAACUCAAUUUUAGGUCUGCGCUAUUUAAUGCUGUUUGUAUUAUUAUGUUAUUUUAGUGCAAAAGGACUACAAAUGUGAGUGCAUUAUUUAUUUGCAAAUUGGCAUAAUUGUCUUCAUAAUUUAAUACUCAGAUAAAGUAAAGCACAAUGAUGUAAAGUUUAGUCACAAAACAGACUGGAAGGCACAUCCCUUUUCUGUCUACCAUGGUAUACUCACUCCAGGAUACAUGCACACAAAUAAAACGUAUAUAUUCAUGUACACACAUACUCACACAUACACACAAUUAAACAAAACUCAUUCCCACGCAACUCCGAAAGCUGUACCCGCAUGACUGAGUCUGGAAAAAUCUGUCAUCAUUGUUGAAAAGCUACAGUUGAAUCACCCACUACCCAAUACUCACUACCCCUUGACAUAGGACAAGCCAGCUCACCUGUUGUUGCAUAUAAAGCUCACAGCAGCGUGACCCCCACAUGCUUACCCCAAAUGAAUGGAAUUGUUUUGCUCAUUCUGACUCUCCCUAACAUCUCAAUGGACCCUGUGUUGAGCAUGGUCACACACAUGUGGUUCAUACAAGUAAAGGGAUGUGAAUUCACAGAUGUGGAUUUCCUUGGUAGUAAUAGGUAAGGCCACUUAGAAAGCUUUUAUAUAAGCUUCGACAAACUGCAAACAAACUCCCCUGACAGAUUAUAAACAGUUAAGUGUGUUUAUGUGUGCAAGGAAGGUAAAGGAUACCUUUCACUGUCUUUGUUCUUUGGAAUGCCUUAAUCUAAAAGGAGACACUAGAAAUCACUAUUUUUAUUCGUUUAAAUGUCACCAAAAUGUAGGAAAACUAUGCCAAAAAGUUCUGCUCAUUUUUAAUGGUAGAAACUUAGUCUACCAUAUCAAUUAAAACAGGUGGCAGUUUUUGGUGGGUUCAUUUAAAAGCAUUGAGACAACAGAGCCCUUGGAAAAAUUCUGUAUCACCACCAGAAUAAGCAAUUUCUAUGUAAGACUAAAUUUUGAGGUUCUUAUAGAAAUCAGCAGUUUAAAAAUGACUGGUUGACAUGACACAUAUUAUACAGAUGCUUGGAGAGUUAAGAAUUUGAGAAUACUGAUUCUGUACAGGACUGAUUUGUUAUUUUGAUCUAUAUGGCAGCAAAAAUGUAAUGAGAAUGUACUAGGAGUGAACUCUGUUGAAUACAGGAUAGAUAUGAAACCCUAAACCUAUUUCCUUUUUAAAGCCAUUGUUAUUAGUUAAUAAUUACCAUAAAAAGGGAUAUAUUUUUACCUAUACACUUCAUCAAAAAUGUAAAAGUGCUAAUGAAGAACAUAUGUCCUGAAAAAUAGCAUUUUAACUGAUGAAGUUGUUAAAAUGUAACUAAAGAGCUCCAUCAAGCCCAUGCAUCCCAGUUCCACUGAAGCUGCCCUUUGGAAAUUGAACAUCUUGUUAUGAUUUCUGGGAUAGAUUUACACAAUGAAUUGUGCAAUUUUCAGACUAUAAAUUUGUGGCUUCCGAAAGGCAGAACGAAAUCGCCUAAGAUGAUAAUAUUGAAUUAGACCAGUACUUCUCAGCUGGGGUGGUUCCCCUUUCCUAUCCGGUGACAUUCGGCAGUGUGUAGAGACAUUUUUGAUUUUUGUGAUUUGGAGAAUGCUCCUGGCAUCUAGGGGACAGAGGCUAGGGAUCCCACUAAACACCCUACACUGGAGAGGUCAGCCCCUCACAGGGAAGGAAUAUUUAAUUAAUAUUAAAAUAUUAAUAGAGUCAAGGUUGAUAAACCCUGGAUUAGACCAAAAGAAUGCUUUGAUUCCUCCAAAUUGUCUUCACUUAGGGACACCUAUACAUGCUCACAUCAUUUGGAAUAUGACUACAGUUGAAUGAGAAUGGUUUCUUAGAGUAGAUUACAGAUGGCAUUAUUUUAUAUUGACUCAAAGAUAUGCCAUACAUAUUCCUUUUUCAUGGUUAGAUAGAGGUAUCUAAACUAGAAGUGUGACUAUCCUUGUGUGUGUAUGUGUGUGUGUGUGUGUGUGUGUAUGCACAUGUGUGUUGUAGCAUAAAGUCAUACAUAUCUAUCCUUAUUGAAAUAUAUGUUUUCUAAGUGACACUCUCUCCAGAAUUAUCUUGCAGAAGAGACUGGAAUACUCUGUUACUGUUAAUUAUUUGAACUCAAAGCACCUGUUAUUUUAUUCUGUUUAUCUGGAAUGGGGCCUCAUACUUUGCCAAAUUUGGUCAAUGACAUGUUAAUACUAAUGAUCCAUAAGAUUAGAUCAGAAGAUAUUCAGGUGAUGCUAGACAUACUCAGUAAGAAAAUUUUUCAUUGUCUUCAAUGCAUCUGCCAAGAAAGUGUGUCACCCUCUAAUAUCAGUCUAAUUUUGAAAUUGCUUUUUAUUGGCAAAAAUUAGUUUGCUCCCUGGGGACAAAAGAGGGAGUGACGAAACUGGCAUGGGUACCUGACUUGAUUUUUACCUUUUAUCAGCUCCCUCAGUCCCAGUUUGAGAAUUGCUUUGACACUCAGGACCAUAAGUAAGGGUGACCUCUGUUUAAUUUAGUUACAUUAGAGUAAAAUUAAUAUAGGUGAAGGAUUAGGUCAUUCUUUAAGACAGAAAAGUGAUUUUUUGUAUGAAAGAUUUUUGUAUGGAAGAGAACAAUGGAUACAUAUACUUUAAGUAGAGUAUUUGAUCAACAGUUUAUAUAAACAUCUAAACUGCAACCAAGACAUGAAGUUAAAGAGGGCCCAUGGGAUUUUGUUUCUAUAUAGUUCACUUCUAAUUUAAAAAGGUAAAUAUUCCAAAAUGAUACAAAGGACCCCAAAUGAUAGAUACCCAGACAACACCUGUUUGGCUUUGUGAUGUCUGAUGCCCUUGGCUACAAGACUAAUUUUAGGUUAUACGUAACUUGUACCUGAAGCAGUGGGCAACAUAACUUCACAAUCUAUGUGGAAAACAAUGGAAGAAAUCCCAGGAUUCUGAAUUUGACAAAUAUAUUCUUAAAUUAUUCAGAAGCUUUACAGAAGUGUUAGAGUUGAUUCUGAAAUAGAAAAAAAUAUCAAGAACAUUUCUUCUGGUCAGCAACUGUCACAGUUUUUAUAAUGUAUUAUAUACAGCUUUUUAUUUCUUUGAAAAGUAAGACUCCAUAAUUUUAAUUUUUAUGUUUAAAAAUAGUGGCUUUGUGAAAUUUUUAAUGGACAAAUCCUUGUUAGGAAGGACCUAAUACGUAAGAAACAGCACAGUCCACCAAAAACUUUAGGGAAUUCUGAUUGUGUUGUACAAAAAUGUUCCCACCAGAACCAGGUAAUAGUUUCUGCUCCCUUUAUAGAGUCCCAGGGAUCAAGAGCUGUAAAGACUUUUGUGAGAACCCAAGGACAGAUAUGCAGAGGCAUAAGGACUGAGAGCAUCACUAUGCUUUUUUAUAUUUUUAUCUUCCCAGUGUGGAGGUCAACUCUCAGUUGAUGACUUUUAGUGAGCGCACAUCAGGAAGUCAGUAAACAACUACAAGGCACCUAGAACUUAGGUUGAGCCUCUGGCAAAAUCUGUAGUAACUAAUUAAAUAUAACCAGCCACUUGGGUCUCUGUGCCAGGGAGAGGAUGAGGCAAGUGGAAAGGAGGAGAAAACCCUACUCCCAAGCUCUCAGAGUACAGAAGGGUCAGAGAAGUCUCUGCCCUUGACUUGACUUUCCAGCACUAUCUAUUUCUAUCUCUACCAGGAGGCUGGGCUCUCUGUGGGGUCAAGCUAGUAGCCUUGUGACUGGGGGCUUAGUGUGAAAACUUGCUGAGAAGCUUAAAAUUUUACACUGCCUUAAACAGUAUUUUUUUCCCCUUAAAUUUGUGCUCUCUAAAUUUGGGUGUCCUGUGACAGAAUUCUGGUCACCCUGACCUAAUUAUGGCCCCGUCAGUGAUGAUUAAAAAUUGAACUUUUUUUCCCAUUCAGAUGAAUUUUCUGAGUUCUUGAAGCUAGGGAGAUAGCAAAUAUAGUUGACCCUUGAAGGACACAGAUGAGAACUACACGGGUCUACUUACAUAUGGAUUUUUUUUUAAUAAAUGUAGUGAAGUACUGUAAAUGUGUUUUCCUUAUGAUUUUCUUUUUUUUUAAUUUUUAAUUUUUUUAACAUAUAAUGUAUUAUUAGUCCCAGGGGUACAGGUCUGUGAAUCGCCAGGUUCACAGCACAUACCUUCCCCAAUGUCCAUAACCCAGCCACCCCAUCCCUACCCCCCUCCCCCUGGCAACCCUCAGUUUGUUUUGUGACAGUAAGAGUCUCUUAUGGUUUGUCUCCUUCCUGAUCCCAUCUUGUUUCAUUUAUUCCUUUCCUAACCCCCAAACCCCCCACGUUGCCUCUCAACUUCCUCAUAUGCCUUAUGAUUUUCUCAAUAACAUUUUCUUUUCUCUGACUUUCUUCAUUGUAAGAAUACAGUAUAUAAUACAAAUAACAUACAAAGUAUGUGUUAAUUGACUGUUGAUGUUGAUAAGACUUCCCAUCAAAAUUAGACAUGGUAGUUAGGGACUAGUUAUGUUUUGGGGGAGUCAAAGUUUGCAAACAGAUUUUUGACUGCAUGGCAGGGUUGACCUCAUCUCCACAUUGGAGCGGACUGUGUUCCAUCAGUUUUUAUAUAGUCUCUUUAAAAGCUGGGAGACUGAUCCAAAACAAUCUGGAAGCCUAGAAUAUUUGUUUUUGAUUCCUAAAUAUGAGGGCAGAAUAUUUAGGUUGAACACUGUAAGAGUCCUAUCUUGUAAGUGGAAAGAGACUUACAUGAAACUACAAUUGCUAUAGCCUUUUUUUUCCCGUAUCAUCAGAAAAUGGUUACUGUUGACUCUAACCUCAGCCAAGGCGUCUCUUGCAUUUUUUACAUACCUCCUAGUGGUGAAAGAUCGAAACAAGUCAGGAAAGGAGACCUCAUUCAAACAUAAGACAGCCUCUGCUCAUCAUCACAAUAAGGAAAAAUGACAUGUUUCUGUCUCCUUCUGAUUUUCUUCUUUCUGGUGCCAACAUUACUGAUUUCUUCUCUAACAAAUAAGGAAUAAAUAACUUAUAAAUUGACAUAUAAUACCUGUGAACAUUUAUGCAAUAAUCAAAGCCCACAGCUGUAACUUUUUUAAAGCACAGGAGAGGAAUUCUAUUUUGUUCAUGGUCAUUUCUGUGCCUACCUCCUCUGUGUUCUUACUGAUCUCUGCAUUGUGCUAAAAUCCUUUCUUAUUUUGCUUUCCUAUUAAAGCUGUAGGAUAUAAUCAAUGAUGCAAAGCUGUUUGGGAGUUUUAUAGAAUAAUAUUCAAAUAUAUUGAUCAUGUCUCUUUCUCCUUCUAUAUAAUUAGAUUUUCCCCCAGUUAUUUGUCAUUUUAAAAGCAUAUGUUUCACAUGAUACCAAUGAACAUCUAAGGGGUAUGAGUUUAUCCAGGGCAGAGAAAAUUGGGAGCCAGAUAUGUCUGUUUUUCUCUGUACCAUAAGCAAAAUGGAAAAUUGUAAUAAAAAAGGGUUUAAGCAAAAUGAAAAAGAGAAAGAUAAAAUUAGGAUUUUAAUUGUGAAGGACCCCUGGGAGGGAUCUGAGUAUGAAGCUAAGCACAGAGCACAGGGGCUGUUGUCCUUGAGUGCAGCCCCAAGAAUAGAACCUUUCAAAACAUUUUAAAGGAAAUAAAUUGUUAUGCCGUUGUUAUGGCUCAUGAUGAAAAGACACUAGAGGAAGCAAUGUGAGAGCCAGAUGGUGAGAUACUUAGGGAAGAAAAUGGAAGAGCCACACCAGUUUACCUACUUGGCCCUUCUGCCCCAACUCCAAGUCAUGCUUUCCUUGGUGUCUGAGCUGGGAUAUGCAAACGCUGCUAUUUCCAUGGCCCCUUUUUAUCUCUACUUUGACACAUGCACAAGGUUAUUAUUUAGAUCUGGCAUGGUGAGGCAGCGAUAGUAGGAAGUGUCACUUUGAACUUGAUCCUUUGAAACAUGGUCACCAUAUGCUAUGCCAAGUGACAGUUACAAAGAUUUAGAUGCAUUUUCUCCCCUCUGUUCUAGUGCAAACAUACACACACACACACACACACACACACACACACACACACACACCUUGCAUUAUUUAUGCCCACUGAAAAGAGAAAAAUGGCUGAGCAGGUGGAGGUGGCAGAGGGUACCUUAACUUUUUCCAGCUUGGGUCCCACUUGCUUCUGUAUUUCCUUCCUGUGCCCCAGUCACUUUAGAGGCAUAGCUGUGUCUGUUCCAAGUUGUAUCUUUACCAACAGCAAGAACUCUUAUAAAUGUAGAGAAUGUGACUCUUUUAUAUAAAUGCACAAUAGUAUAUAGGCCUUGGAGAUGUCUGAUAAAGGUAUGUAAAUAUCCUUUGUUGAAGUAGUAGAACUUUCUUAUAGAGAGCUCCUUAGAUAGCUACAGGAAAACUAAAAAUGAUUAUAUUAAAAAUGUUUGUUUCUCCAGCAAACACUAGCAUUCAUGGAAGCAAGGAAACAAUUUGUUUCUAUUUCCACUCUUAAGUCCCAAUUCUUUGUGCUUUCCUAUCUAUAAGUUACUACAGACAUCCCUCUCGACAUACAGGAUUCCACAGUUUGUGGGGAUUGAUGGCCACAGGGGUACAUCAGAGUCAGAAAACACUAGAGGGAAGGGGAGAGAGGGGAGAGACGGACAAGGAGCAGCUCCACUGAAAAGCUUCUUUAAUUUUUUUAAAAGUCUGGAACAUCAUUAGCACUCUAGAUACCACACAGCAAAGUUGGUCUGAAAAGCUUUGAGGAAUGAAAAGUUUCCCAUUGUUCUCUUUAACUGGAUGAUUGCACCUUCUGUAUCAUUCCACAUGUGUGCAAACUGUUUCUCAGCCAAUUCGCAGAUGGGAGGUAAGAGAAAAAUAGAGAAAUUCAAAUAUUCUUUCUCAUACAGUGUAGUUUGACUACCAGUCCCAUAAUGCAAUAAUUCUGGAAAAGAUUUUUUAGAUUAGACUAUAAAAUUGAAAUCACCUUUGAAGUAUAUAUGGAGUUACUUUUUCCUAAUAAGGCUAAAUUCCACUGGCAGGCGGUGUGGGGGAUAAUCAAUACUCUUCAUUUGUUCUUCUAUUUUUUUUUUUUUUGAAGUUUCAUGUAAAAUGUAGCAGGUAAGAAAAAAACCUUAAUUGAUACUUUUUAUAGUGUGACUUGAAAAAAGAGUAUCUAUGUUGGUUCUGCUGAGUUGGUUUCUACAGUAUCUAAAUGCAAUGUCAUAGGAGGAGAUUUGCUGUAAAAACAUGUCUUUUUCUUUGGUGUGUUCAUUGUAAUUAUGGCUGGUAGUGAGAAGGUUCAGUAAGUCUCAAUUUCUCUACCUCCCUUACUUGGAGAAAAUUUGGAAAUGUACCCUGUGAAUAAAAUGAUUUUUUUAUA